CAGUUCUUGGCCGGAACACUAAGCGUCCUGUCGUGUGCGGUGCGAGUGCGCGCGUGUCCUGUGCAUACCGAUUCGUUUAAGUCUCUAGAGCACUAUAUUUUCUGCAUUUUAUUAUUAUAAUUUUGUCGUCGGUUUAUUUUUGUGAUUUAUAUGUAAAUUUAUAGCAUAAGUGUAUGUAUAAGUGGCGCGUGUGAUUUAGUUUCGGUGUGCAUAACAUAUUAUACUAUUUUGUCAUCAGAGUCUCAUGUCCGGAGAGUCGCCGAAAAGGAAAAAAUAGUGGCGGCCGCCAUGUUCUCCAGCAGGACCCGGUCCAGCGUCCGGCUCAAGGAUCCCAAAGCGAGAGAGGAUUCAAAUGUCGGCGUCGGCGGUGGAAGUGGUGCCGGCGCGUUCACUCGCUGGCUUCGUGAGUUUAGACGUGAGACUUACAAGGUGAACUCUGCCGGAGGUGCAUCCGGUGGCGGCGGCGGCGGCGGAGGAACUUACCACAGCACUGCGGCCGAAGACGGCAGGCGAAGGCACUCGUUCAACGCGCAUGACAAGAGCGCUCACCACCGGGCGGACCAGAGACUGCAGCUGCAGGGCGGCGGUGGCGGCGGAUCGUACGUCUCAUCGACGUCCAAGACGCAGGCUUGCAGACGGGCAAACAGCACGGCCGCACCAAAGUCCAGAACACGAAACGAUGGAUCGUUCGCUAAGGCCAACUGUUCCGCCGUGGCCACCAUCAGAGAACUGCCCAGCAGCAAGGAAAACCGCUCAUCGCACGGCAACAACGGCGUCGUCAAGUCCGGUCGAGUAACGGCCCGCAUGACUGAAACCUGCGACGGACACAUACCCCGACACAGGGCCCCACUGCCACCCGUGGAUGUCAAGGACGCGACUUGCGGACACGAAAAAUUUCCAUCCUGUCCGGCCAACACCGCCACAGCGACGACCGUCAAAAGCAAUGGAAUGUCCGUCACCGCGGCCAGAAAGUCCUGGGCGGAAGAGCAGACGGGUAGCAGCGGCAUCAGCAGCAGCAUUAGUUACCCGAAGGAACAACCGCCGCCCAUCGUCCGGCCGUAUCCCAAGAGACUGUCCAACGGGCUGUACACGCAACAAUUGAAGACCGUGAUGGAGCGUUGCGAAAAGGGCAAACCCGAGCUGCUGGACCGGGUGCGGUCAAUGAGAUCCAAAAGCGGUGGUGGCGGUUACGUGGAAAGACUGCAGCAGACCGCUGAGAAACAUUUUUGUGUGCCAUUAUCGACGACCUCCUUGUCGGAUCCGUCGGACCCGAAGUCUCAGCUCACGCAAGCGCAGCUAGAAAAGUAUUCCAGAGCUUACGACGACUCGCCGCACCGAGAAACAGACGAGUACUCAAGCUGUUUCGACGGUAGCGACAGCGCGUUGUCCAGCCAUCUGACCAAGGAAGAGCUGGAGCACUACACGCGGAUCUACGAGGAAAAGUCCACGUCCCAGAUCAGCCUGACCGAGAAAUCAGUGCCCUCGCAUCAACACCAGACCUCGUACGCGCAGAGCGAAGGGUACCACAGUUACGUGUCCAGCACCGAUUCCACGUCAACCCCGUUCCUGGACAGGUUAAGGAGAGACAGCGAAUCAGCAGUCGUGGUCGUCAACAGCAAAGACUCAGAGAAACCCGCUGCCACCCAGGGGAGGGACUCGAGUGCCAGCUCCGGUUCGUCUAGUGAAACGCUCAAGUGGCACGGUUCCAACAGUGACUUGAGCACCGUGUCCAGUGGCGGGCACCACCGGGCAACCACCCAGCUCAUUGCGCAUAGCGCCAAGGUGUCGGCGCCGCAGAGACAUCACUCGGAGUCGGUGAUGAGCGUAACCGAUGGAUGGUCGGGCGUUAGCGUCCAGGAGCACAGGGUCGGCAACCAGAGAAAUAUCCGGAAAUUGUUUCCGGUCAGCACGUACACGGUACAACCGGCCAUGGUCGUAGACGAAAAGACUUCACCAAAAUCUCCUCCAGCGCUGACGGUGGCUGAACGUAUCAACGAACUGGAAAAGCAGCAACAGCAGCAGCAGCAACAGCAACAACAGCUACAGCAAACGCCCAAUAAAUUCACGUACUUCGACCCGGAAAAGAAGCACAGAGUGGCAGACCACUCUCUGAGGGCCAUACAGAAAAGGGCCUUGUUGUCGUUUUACGAGAGACACCAGCCCGGGUCGUCAUGGCGGUCUGAACCGCAGCUGUCGCCACCGCCACCUAGGCCUCCGCCAAUACCCUGCCGUCCACGGUUGCCCACUCCGCUGUCGAGGCGCUCAUCCAUUUCGUCCGAAUACGACUCCCCGGCCACUUGGAACGACGAUUGUUCGAAAGACGACAGUUCAGCCGAAGAAGCAAGCAACGCCAACCCCAAGGAACUCAGUAAAAACAACCCGCUCAGGAGUUCUAGCUGCGGUUCACUGUCGACAGCGAUUCUUGGGCCUAUGGUACUUGGACCGUCGAUAUCGAUCGAUGAUUGGGUGCCCGAACUGCCACCUAAGAAGAAACAGGUCGCUCGGCAGCAGACGCCUCAAGCGAAACGCGAGCCGAGUCCAGACCUGCCGCCCCCACCGCCAGUGGUCGAUGAUGACGAGCAAAUGUUCAUAUCGGACGAACCGCUACCGCCACCGCCACCGGAGGCCAUCUGGCCAAAACCCGAGUCGCUGAGGAACGAAAAGUUUCUGCGCAACGGCAAGGAGAAGAGACUGGAGAGCAGUUUUAGCGCCGUCGAAGACGUGCUCCUCAACAGAGACUUUAAUGCCAGCUGUGGCGGCGUAUCAGCUGGAUUGUUCACUAACAACAAUUACCAUCUGCAUGGUCACCAACACCAGCAUCAGCAUAACGCGAUGAGCGAAAAAUCAAAAUCGCUGUCUUACAUAUACGACAGCCACAAAGCAGUGCCUCAGACACCAGUCAAGUCGUUCGCCAUUGAACUGCUGCAGCCACCCCUACUGCCUGCACCGCCGCCGCCGCCGCCAUCAUUACUGACGACGGACGAAAAAUCACUACAGUUUCCGCACAACGGCAUCAAGGAGUUUGGUCGUUCAUCGAGUGUCCGUCGUAAUAAACUCACCAUACCCAACAAGGACUACUGCAAGUCUGAGUUCUCGGCCCGGAAGUCCGUGUUCCAGGGUUCUGGUGGUUCGGCGGUGCCCAAACAGCAGGUGGUCAUGUCCACCGUAAAACCGCCGGCAUUCAGCGCGAUCAUUUCCACGGUCCAGAGCACCGUGGUCAAACACCAUAUCUGCACCCCAUUGAAAAUCACCAGGGACACAGACAAGAAAGCGGCGGCGGCCACCACCAGGUCACCAUCAGCCGCCAAAAGUCCCGUAGUCGUUGGGCCACUCAAGUCAUCAGGAGUGUUUCCCCCGUCCCUCGAACCCAGCUGUCCACCGACCCUCUACCAACAGAGUCAAUCUAAGGCCUCGUACCUGUCGGCGUACAAGAGAGAGCCGAGGGAGCGCGAGAAAGGACUUCCGAACUUCGAAGGAAGCUACAAGAGGACGGCGUCGCCGAACAGUGGCGGCCGAGGAGAUGCUGCCGCGGCCGUGGAACCGCAAGAUGUGGAAAACGUGGCGCCAGACGGAAGCGAUUGCUGCAGCAAUCUUUUGGAUUCGAGCGGCGGUCGACUGCAAUCCCUGCAGCUGGACCACCAUCAUCUCCUCCACCAUUAUAACAACAACAACAACAACAACAACAACAAUAACACAGCAACUAGUCAACAACAGUCAUCGCCCGGCAAACAACAGACUGUCGACCCGGUGGCCGUGGCGGUCGCGCCUCCGUCACCACCGCCCCCCGCGGUGCUGUCCGAGCGGCCGGUCGUCGACCAGCCCUCCCAACAACAACAGUUGUCGAAAACUCUGCCACGGGCCAACAACUCGGCUGGACAGGAUUUCAAACGGUCGUCACGGACGCCCCGGACCCAGUCAGACCCGUCCAACAUGCCCAACAAGGCGGACGCGGCCAUCACCACGUUGCAGUUGAUGAUGAUGCCGCCGCCUCGGCACUCCGAGUCCACGUCCAGCCUUCACCUGCAGAAACGAUCGCAGUCCGACCUGUCCCAGGUGGGAUCCACCGAGAGCGGCUACAGCAGCCUGUCACUGAACGCCCCGUCGCCGUCCCACUCGCCCACCAGGCUGUCGUCCGGUGACUUUAGCAUCGGUGGCCCACCGCCACCACUCCAGAUCCACUCUCCGUCGGCCGCUACUGCCGCCACUGACGGUGACCUCGACGAAUGCUGCACUUCUACAUGGCACACGGCAGAGCCCGCGGUCGCCGUGACCGACACUGACCACCGUUACCGAAAUCCGGUGUCCAGAAGCUGUUCGGUGGUGUCAUCAGAUUCCACUUCGCAGACAGAACUCAAGUCCGUCGCCGGCGGCACCCCGUCGGCAGUCCGGCGCAAGUCGCCCGAAGAGAUCGAAUGCGAAGAACUGUCCCGCGAUCUCAUUAGCCACCUGUCGCCAUCCGACAAACUCCACAACAUACUGGCUCCCGGACCGGAUGUGAAACGUUCUACAGACUAUGUUUCUCCGCUGUUCCGCAUGGACUUGGUACCUCGGUCCAGAACUUCGGUCGCCGAAAAACUGAUCGACUGCAGUAGCAGUGACGCCAUGUGCGGCCCAAUUACCUCCACUACUAGCACCUCGUCGACUACCACUGCCGCCGUCGGACUAUCGGCCAACUCAUCCUACUACACCACGUCCGAACCUAAGGCAAAACUCCUGAACCUGCAGCACUACAGCCGGCAGAUACAACCGCCGGCCGAAUGCAACGGGAUCGGAAACUUGCAAAAGAAAAAGGCGGACCUAGUGUCUCGGCUGGACAGAAAGCUGAAAGUACUCCGAGAUGAACAAAUCGCGCUAGCCGAAGAGGCGGCGCUGAACGAGACUCUGGGCGUGUCGGUGUCCGAACGGGUUAAGUCUGUGGCCAAGCCUCAGGAAGCCAACAAGUUCAAAACUCACGUACAAGAAGUGGGCCACAUUACCAGUCUGCUGUUGAGCCUGAGUGGACGUUUGGCCAGAGCUGAAAACGCACUGCUGGACUUGGACGCUGACCAUUCGGAAAAGAAGGCGCUGGAGGAGAAAAAGUGCAAACUGACCGGUCAACUGGAAGAGGCCAAGGAGCUGAAGGAGAACAUCGACAGGCGUGGAGACUUCGUGUCGACCAUACUUUGCCGGUAUCUGACGGCCGACGAGUACUCGGACUACGAUCAUUUCAUCGCGAUGAAAGCCAAACUUCUGAUCGACGCCCGCGAGAUCGCCGACAAAAUUCAGCUGGGCGAGGAGCAGUUGCGCGCGCUCAAGGAAACACUCGAAGACUAAAAUUACAUUUUAAACGUUGACGCGUUCAAAACACAUGUUACAUAAUACUAUAGUAUAAAUAUAUAUAUAAUAUGUAUGUGUGUCAUUGGUGCGGUAAAAAAAAUAUAAGCUAAAAUAAAUUACAAUGGGUCGCAGAGGAAGGCGAAAUCAUAAAAUAUAAUAUAUUAUUGUAAAACGAUUUUGCGUUCGAACUUGCGUGCGGUUCGAGGAAAACUUGGUAGGAUGAGAAAAUCGACUGAAACACAGAAACGAUUUAAACGGGUUUAUGCCUCCGUCAGAUCUCUACAAUCGGAACGACUCACGUCUUACCACUUCUCCCCCUACCCUCCCUCCCCCCCUCAAACCACUCGCUCGUCUUUCGAAGUCGCAUCGGCUCUAUAAUAUGUGAGUGUGCGUGUGUGUUUUAUACUUAUUUGCUCUCGAACAACGCGCGUGUGUGUGUGUGUGUUUUAUAAUUUUUCCGUGUAAAUAUAGACUUGAAACGGUAUAGGUCGAGACGAGCAUAAUUUAGUCGUAGUACGUGUUAAUGUCUUCGCUAAAACCAUUCGAAACGGUCUUCUCUAGUCGACGAGACCUGUCGCUCGCGCAUCCCCCAUUUGCGACGCCCCGUCAAAACAUAAUAUUAUUAGAUUGUAACACGAUAUUACGACGUAAUAAUAUUAUGUUCGUUGUGCUCCGACGUGUGUGGUUAGGAUAUAAUAUUAUAAUAGUUGUUUAUGAAAUGCGAACGAUAAUAAUAUUGUCGUUAUUAAGAGAAUUAAACUGCUGUUCGGUCUCGCUGACCCCACCCACCCCCCCACCUGUCGUAGUGUUGUGAUAUUCGCCUCUUCGAUCGAGAUAACGAAACCCGAUUGUGAUCGCAAAGGUCGUGGGUGAUAAAAUAUAUAAACAAAAUAUAAAACUGAAAUAAUAUUAAUCAUAACAAUGUGCAUAAUACUAUAUUAUUAUGUGUGUCAGUGUGCGCGUGCGCCCCUUAUACCUCUGUGCAGAGAUGAUUUAUAAUGAUAUUAUAUCGUAGCUUAAUAUUAUAUUAUUAUUAAUUUUAAAAGUCUUAAUUUAUCCUUGUUAUGCAUUUACUGUAAAUAUUUUUAGUAAAAUGUAUUGUUAAAUCUAACAUAAAAAAAUGUGUUGUAUUAUAAAACAUUAUAAACCGUGUGUGUGUGUGUUGUACAGAUUUUAAUGAAACAAAUAUAAUAAUAUAGUGAACCGUCUUGGUGCUAUAAUAUAAAUGA